AUGGCCGAAUACAGGGCCAAAGUUGAGUUUUCUAGAAAGAGCCAUUGCUAUGAGUGGGUAGAGGCUUCACAAUCUGAAGAGUUGAUUAGAGGUAAAUGUGUAAUUAAAGGCAGAUUAUUGGAUGUAUUAUUUGACUCGAGUGCUACUAACUUAUUUGUUUUUGCGGACUAUGUGAAGUGUCUGGGUUUGCAUGUGACUGAAUUGUCGUGCAAUGUUGUGGUGGCUACCCCUACGAGUAAGCUGGUCGUAACGUCGUGGGUGUGUCUGGGGUAUUCGAUAAUGGUGCAUGAUAGGAAAUUUGAGGUGGACUUGAUUUGUUUACCUCUUUCCCAAUUAGACGUUAUUUUUGAAAUGGAUUGGCUAGCUGCUAAUCAUGUGCUGCUGGACUGUCGAGAGAAGACUUUGAUUUUUGGUGCAUCGAUGUUGGAAAUUCCAAGGCUUUUGAGUCAAGACUUCUUUGAAGUUUUCCUUGAAGAUGUUUUAGAAUUGCCGCCUAAAAGGGAGAUACAGUUCACGAUUGACCUCAUUUUGGGGGCAAGCCUGAUUUCUGUGGCUCCUUAUAGGAUGUCACCAAUAGAGUUGGCAGAGAUCAAGAAGCAAGUGGAGGACUGA